AUGGCGUUGAGGUUAACAGCAAAGGUUUUCGAAAAGCGGUUCUGCCGAUUUUGUCAGGCCGCAAAAAAAUUUAACCGAGCGGCAUAUAGCACAACCACUGAUCCGACCCAGGAUGCAGAAUACUCAGAUAUUGUCAUCUCUGGGGGUGGUAUGGUUGGUGCAGCUAUGGCGUGUGCAUUAGCAAAUAAUAAGUUCCUGAAGGACAAAAAAAUUGUCCUGUUAGAGUCACAACGAGACACUGGAGAUUUUGUAUUGCCUGAAAAAUACAGCAAUCGGACAUGUGCGUUGAGUCCAGCCACCAUUCGUUUACUUGAUAGUUUUGGAGCCUGGAAGGAAAUUGAGGCAAUGAGAUGUCAUCCAGUUCUCAGAAUGCAGGUUUGGGAGUCAUGUUCAGAUGCCCUCAUAACUUUCAGCAAUCCAGACAUGACCGAAAGUUUGGCCCACAUUGUAGAAAAUGAUGUGAUUCUGGCAGGCAUCAUGAAAGCUCUCAAAGCCGUGAAAAACAGAGUCGAUGUUCGCUAUGAGUCAAAGGCUGUUUCUUACAAAAUUCCAGAAGGUCACGAUCCUCCAGAACAGAAACAACCCUUUGUGGAGAUGAUCUUGAAUGAUAAUAAAGUGCUUAGAACAAGAUUAUUGAUCGGAGCUGACGGAAUGAAUUCUGAAGUCCGCAAGGCAGCAAAGUUUCACACAAUCAGGAGAGAUUACGGACAGAGUGCUGUUGUUGCAACUCUGGUACUGGCAGAUGGACCUGCGAAUAACACGGCCUGGCAGAGGUUUUUACCGAAAGGGCCUAUAGCUUUUUUACCGCUGAGUGACAAAUUAUCUUCUCUUGUAUGGACGACCACUCCAGAGGAUGCCAAACAUUUACUCCAGAUACCAAGGGAAAGUUUUGUAGAUGCAGUCAAUGAUGCUCUGUGGAAUGACCGGGACAAAAAUGCUUUUGCAGGUCAAGUUUUUGAUUUUUACAAAAAUCUUCUUCGUACAGUAUUGCCAGGGGAAUCAAACACAAUCCGUCAGCUACCGCCAACGGUAAUGGAUGUGCAAGAAGGUUCAAGGGCAGCUUUCCCGCUGACACUCAUUCAUGCUUCCCAUUAUGUGAAACCACGGGUAGCUCUUGUUGGUGAUGCUGGGCACAGACUACACCCACUAGCAGGUCAAGGGGUCAACCUGGGUUUCGGAGAUGUUCAGUGUCUCUCAGACAUCUUGGGCCGGGCAGCAUACAAUGGUUCAGAUCUGGGCUCCUUGCCUCAUCUGCUGCAGUAUGAGACAGAGAGGCAGCGACACAACGUCCCAGUGAUGGUGGCCAUUGAUGGCCUGCAGCGAUUAUAUUGCAACCAGUUCACUCCCUUUGUGGUUUUACGCAACCUGGGACUACACACCGUGCAGUCUUUGCCAUUUUUGAAGAAUGCAAUCAUUAACCAGGCUUCAGUGUGA